AUGGUUUCUUCCCCUACACACAGGAAUGGCCAUUUCCUUGAUCUUGUCUUAGUAAGAAACAGUGAGCCACAGGGAUCUGUUGUCAACAUACAAACCAUCGAUCCUGCUCUGUCCGAUCACCUAGCAGUAAAAUUCAAGGUCCCAAUUACGAAACAACCAUUCAAAAGAAAGAAGAUACAGUAUCGGAACCUUAAAUCUUUGGACUCACAGACCUUAGCAACUAGUAUUUCCGAAUCAUCUGUAUGCACUGAUAUUUGUACCAACUUAUCUGAUAUGGUCAAUAGUUAUUUUAAUUUGCUUUCAGUCAUCAUCGAUGAGCUCGCUCCCAUCAAGACUCGCGUUGUUACAAUUCGACCGAGAGCACCCUGGUACACCAGAGACAUUGAUGAAGCAAAGAAGUGUCGUCGGAGGUAUGAACGUAAGUGGAGACGUACUAAAGAUCCUACUGAUAGAAACAACUACCUCGAGAAAUGUAAGCAUGUCAAUCAAUUGAUUCAUGAAUCUAAGUCGAACUAUUACUCUAGUGUAAUAUCAGACAACAAGGGUAAUCAACGAAUCCUGUUUCAGACGGUUGAUAAGCUUCUGCACCGUAAGAAUGAUACAGUUCUUCCUACUUCUYCAUCUGAUAAACAUCUUGCAGAAUGUUUCGCUGAUGAUUUCAUUGAUAAGGUCACUACUAUCCAUACUAGCCUAGCAAGAAGUAAUGUUGUUAUUCCACAUCCACCUGGUGGUGAAGAAAGUGAAUUGUCUGAAUUGUCUGAAUUCCACUCAGUAUCUGCCAAGUCUGUUGAAGCUAUCAUACGAUCGUCACCAUCUAAGUCUUGUUGUCUGGACCCUAUACCAACAUGGCUCUUGAAAGAACAUCUGCAGUUACUACUCCCAUCCAUUGUCAAUAUCGUGAACAUGUCUCUUAGCUCCACAUUUCCAUCAUCGUUCAAGAAAUCAAUUAUAGUACCUCUUCUAAAGAAACCGUCACUCGACGCGGAAGUCCUAAAGCAUUACCGUCCUGUCUCCAGCCUGGCUUUCAUUUCAAAGAUCAUUGAAAAGGCUGUUGUCCUUCAGUUGAAUGAAUACCUUACAACACAUGAUCUAUUCGAAACCUAUCAAUCAGCUUACAAAUGUUUGCAUAGUACUGAGACUGCACUUUUAAAGGUCCAGAACGAUAUUCUUAUUGCCUUGGACAACAAACAAGCUGUUGUCCUCCUGCUUCUUAAUUUAUCUUCCGCUUUUGAUACUAUCAGUCAUGCAACGUUGCUCAUGUUACCUUUAAAAGUCACGCUAUGGAAUCACUGGUAA